AUGAAGAUUGACAAAGAGAUCAAAUCAUUGAAGAAACAACUCCGUGAUCUCCAGAAGAAACUAGAAACAAUCCAGGAGAGUCUGAACGCGAAGUCGCUGCCGAAGGUCGAUACGAUAGCUAACAAGAAUCCAAAGAAAAGACUAGAAGAUAGGAAGACACCAGCGGAACGUACCUCCUUGUCCGACCAGACUACAAAUUUGAAGACAACAAAAUCGGAAAAACAAUCGGAUAGUGAUCCUAAAGCUAAGAGGAAGAUGAAUGCGACCAGCUCCAGAAACAAUCAGCCGAUCGCAAGCAUCACCAAAUCGAACCAGAAACCUUCUAGACUGAUUACGACCUCGCACACACAAGACCGCAGGACCCUUCGCAGCCGAUCAUUUAAGGUCAUGCGACAUCUUAUCAACAUGGUUGACGACUCGCAAGCUGAGACCUUCCUACCUAAAAGCCAAGAAAGUUCCCCUAACCGACGAGAAUCUAGUAGUGAGCCUGUACGAUCUAAAACGGAGACCAAGAUCAAAAACCGAAGCUCGGAAGUAGCAAAGCCCCCUGAUGAAUCAAUUGAACUAUAUCGCUACCGAUCAAUUCCGAAGUACACCAAGAUCUAUAGAAGCAAAAGCAAGCCUGAAGGUUUCAAACAAUUAGCAGAAAACAACAACAUCUCCGUCAAAGAUAUCAUCCAGCUCUACAUCCCCAAAGUCCCAACUCCCAAUAAAAAAGAACUCUACUACUACUCAGGCUAUGCUACCAAACAUCACAACAACUAUUCAGUACCUGAUUUAUCAAUUGUCCCAUGCAAGAUAAGGAAGAAAUUACAAGAUCCCUCAUUUGCUUGGAUGAAAAAUAGAUGGUGUUUGCUGAGUAGACCAGAACCCUGA